AUGGAGAAAGUCAAAACAUUUUCUUUCUUUUCAGACAAAUUUCACAUGAUACAUAACCAGUGGGAAUACAACGAUAAACGAUACCUGGGCAGUGUUUGGAAGCAAAUUUCCAUGCCCAUCUUUCACAGCAGAAGAGUCGCCAAUAGCAAAUAUACGCGGGUGACCCUCAACACGAAGAGUUUCAUCAGUAUCAGCUUGACCCCUACUGUUCAGAGGAAAAUCAAUGGGUUUAUCACCGGUUUUGUGCUGAGGAAGCACAGAACAGACAAAGUAACCCAGCAAAAGCUGCACAUUCCUGGAUGCGAGAACCUGCCAGAAGAUACUUCUCAAUUACGUGAACACUACAAGAAGCACUCAGAUGUUGAAAACACUGCAAAAGCGAACAUGAUUCCCGAUUGCCAGGAGUAG